CUUCUCUGGAUCACACAGCAAUCUAGGUAUUUUUAAAUAUCUGUUUGAUAAUUUUGGCCUUGUUAUUGAUGCUUACAUUAUCUAAGAACCCAUCCAAUGGAAGUGUGAGUUGUGUUACCACCUGCACCAGCCAUCUGCUGGUUACACAUUGUAUCCCUGCUGUGAUUUCAGUUUCAUCCUAGUACUGUUUACUCCAGCUACUACAGUGUCUUUUAUGAAUCCAUCUCUCCUUAUUUUCAUUAGCCAUCUUAGAGUCAAUCUUUUUUUAAUUUACUUUUUAAAAUUCUUUUUAAAAUCCAUCUUUAUUUACCACAUCCUCCUUCUCUUUAAAAAAGUCUCCAUUUCUCCCACUGCCACUCACCUGUCUUCAGCAAGCUAAUCACACUAACAGGAGAUAAACAUAUCCAGAGUUCCCGUUUUAUUACUGGACUGAAUAUCCAUCCUUGUCCUUAGCAAUGAGGUCUCCAGAUUCUAUUACUCAAAGAGAAAUGAAUGGGGGAGGCCGGGAUUGACAGCUUCUCCUGGGGAUAAAGGGCUGGGGUAUUGAGUAGAUACGAUUAUAAUCUAAGGAUACCGGUGAUGCUGACACUAUCACGUACACGCACUCUUAGGCCACAUUAACAGGAUGAUAAUAAUCCAGCUCGUGGUAGGCAGUGGUCUGCCUGUCUCCUGUGUGUGUGUGUGUGUGUGUGUGGGUGUGUGUGUUUGACAGGCAGAGUGGACAGUGAGAGAGAGAGAGGCAGAGAGAAAGGUCUUCCUUUUGCCGGUGGUUCACCCUCCAAUGGCCGCCACAGCCAGCGCACUGCGCUGAUCCGAAGGCAGGAGCCAGGUACUUAUCCUGGUCUCCCAUGGGGUGCAGGGCCCAAGCACUUGGGCCAUCCUCCACUGCCCUCCCGGGCCACAGCAGAGAGCUGGCCUGGAAGAGGGGCAACCGGGACAGAAUCCAGCGCCCUGACCUGGACUAGAACCCGGGGUGCCGGCGCCGCAAGGCGGAGUAAGAUUAGCUUAGUGAGCCGUGGCGCUGGCUCCAGUGUUUUUCAACAGCUCGAGGAGUGAGCUCAGCCCUGGCUGUCCCAUGUGGGUGUCGUCAACACUGAGGGCAUGUGGAAGGCAGCUACUAGGGUGAUGGUUCUCCUGUGACCUGAAAAGGAAGUGGAAAGUCUUGGCCCAGAUGAAAUUCAGCUGAGAUGAGGUAGCAUCUGUAGGCAUGCUAGUGGGUGUCAAUCAAAGGGGAUUCUGUAUUCAAUAAAGUUCAACUACUUUGUCUCAUGAACCAUAAGAAGAAAUGUCUACUUAAUGAAAAGGUGAUGAUUCCAAGCGGGAAUUCUCCAACAGUGAAGCAGCCAGCCUGUGCGUUUGAACAAAAGGUGAACAACUUACAAAGCUGGGCAGCCGACACUCUCCCAUAGGACAGGCGGUUAGGGUUGCUAGGUGUUUCCCGAAAAGCCGGACAUCCCGUGGGCUUCAGAACAUAUAAAUAUUCUUCAUUUAUUUGUAUCAGCUACACAGACGAUGUGAAAGGCGGGCAAUGGAGAGAUCCAACGACAGCUCCGCCUAUGGCUUCCUCCUGGUGGGCUUCUCCGGCCGCCCCAAGCUGGAGACGGCGCUCUUCAUAGUCAACCUCACUCUGUACUCAGUGGCCGUGCUGGGGAACUGCACCAUCAUCCUCGUGUGUGUCCUCGACCCGCGACUCCACACCCCAAUGUACUUCUUCCUGGCAAACCUGUCUUUCCUCGACCUCUGCUUCAGCACCAGCUGCAUCCCCCAGAUGCUGGCCAACCUCUGGGGCCCGGACAAGACCAUCAGCUACGGCGGCUGCAGCGUCCAGCUGUUCGCCUUCCUCUCCGUGGGCGGGGUCGAGUGCAUCCUCCUGGCCGUCAUGGCCUACGACCGCUACGCGGCAGUGUGCAGGCCCCUGCACUACACCGCCGUCAUGCACCCGCAGCUGUGCCUGCGGCUGGUGGCUGCGGCCUGGGGCAGCGGCCUGCUCAACGCCAUCGUCAUGUCGCCGCUGACGAUGACCCUCCCCAGGUGCGGCCGCCGCCGAGUCAACCACUUCCUGUGCGAGAUGCCCGCGCUCAUCAAGAUGGCUUGCGUGGACGCGCGCGCGGUGGAGAUGCUGGCCUUCGCCUUUGCCAUCCUCAUCGUCCUGCUGCCCCUCAGCCUCAUCCUGGUCUCCUACGGCUACAUCGCCGCGGCGGUGCGGCGCAUCAAGUCGGCUGCCGGGAGGAGGAAGGCCUUGAACACCUGCAGCUCCCACCUCACCGUGGUCUCCCUGUUCUACGGGAGCAUCAUCUACAUGUACAUGCAGCCCGGAAACAGCUCUUCCCAGGACCAAGGCAAGUUCCUCACCCUCUUCUACAACCUGGUGACCCCCAUGCUGAACCCGCUCAUCUACACGCUCAGGAACAAGGAGGUGAAGGGCGCCCUGAAGAAGGUCCUGGGGAGGCGGUGACCACGGCAGAGAUGCCAGGCGUCCUGGGGAGGCGGUGACCACGGCAGACAUCCCAGGCAAGUACUUGCCUCAAACACAUUUACUUCACGCUCCUGAUAAAUCGAGGAAUCACACGCUCUUACAUUUUUUUUUUUAAGAUUUAUUUUAUUUAUUUGAAAGGCAGAGUUAGAAACAUGGGGAGAGGCAGAGGGACAGAUCUUCACUCCUUGGUGCACUCCCCAAAUGGCCACAACAGCCAGGACUGGGCCAGGCCAAAGCUAGGAGCCAGGGGCUUCAUCUUGGUCUCCCUCAUGGGUGCAGGGACCAAGCACUUGCGCCAUUUUUUUCUGCUACUUUCCCAGGUGCAUUAGCAGGGAGCAGCUGAGGCUCAAACCAUCACCCAUAUUGAUGCUGGCGUUGGAGACAGUGGCAGCUUCACUCGCUGUGCCAUGUCGCCAGCCACGUCGCCAGCCAAUUUUUUU